AUGGCCUCUACCACAUCCUCCAAAGAUAUCAGACAGUCAAUCAAGGCUACAACCGAGGCCUUUUUAGCAUCAUUCGAAGACAGCGCAACCCAGGGCGAUGCUGCCAUUAUCAAUCGCAACGUCACACCGGACUGUACCCGUAGUAUACUUCCUUUAGCCGUGUCUGAGGUUUUUGGUCUACCAGCAGGCUUCAGCAUCGACAAUGCGACAUUCCAAGAGAUCUUUGCACAGCAUAUCAAAGCCCUCAAGUUCCGCAAUGGCGUCAUGUCAAACUUGGUCAUCGACACUGAGGCCCGCUGCGCUGCGUUUACGGCUUACCAUGAUGUUGUCGUAGCCAAAAGCGAGGAGUCGUAUUUCUAUGAGUGCAGUUUUACCUUGUACUUCAAUGAGAAUGGGUCUAAGAUUAGGAAGGUAGUCGAGUUUCUAGAUAAGGAUGGAACUGUGAGAAUGGCAAAUGAUUCCAAGUAA